AUGGAUGGAUCGCUUUCAGACCUCGUUCAUGACUACCAACUAACCACGCGUUACGAGGGUGUCUUCACUAUUCACUAUCAUCGUGAUCCUGAUGCGCCUCCUUCAGCCCCUUAUCGUCAAGAAAAUUGGAAGAAAGUUCGUACUCUUGGCCACGGUGGCCAAGGGAACGUUGUUUUGCAAACAUGCACCAAUGGUAGCCGAAGCUUUACUCAACGCGCUGUCAAACGAAUUCGACUAGAGAGUAACCACUCUAAACGACGCUACAGACGAGAGCUCGAAUGCAUAGUGAAGUUCUCUCAUGAAAAGUACUCUCAGUAUUUCGUCAAGUCUCUCGGAUGGUAUGCGACUUCAAAUAAGCUGUACAUAGCUAUGGAUUACUUUCCUGAGGGGGAUCUAUACGUCUAUGUCCGCGAUCAUCCACGUCUCACAGAAGAAGAAUGCAGUCACAUCACGAGCCAAGUCCUCUCCGGUGUUGCCAUCAUGCAUGAAGAGGGGCAGAGUUCUUUUCGCGGCGCCGAGGGGCUUACAACAGAGAUCUCGACGUUGGCCUCACAGACGGCGUCACAACGAUGGGCUGGUGAUUUCCAUAAUCAAGAUAUCUUAACAAAGCCCCGAGAUCGAAGACAGGGCAUUGUCAUUGGACCAUCUAGCCAAGAAGCCGACCUUGAUGUCAGACUUUUGCAGCAGCUCCAUCACUAUACUCAAGUUGGAAAUAUCGACAUAACCAGUAUCCCCCUGGACCUUGCAGUUGCUUUUCAUUCCCCAGACAUAAAUCGUAGUACGCCAUUGAACCAUUCGUGUACCAACGACAACGUGGAGCCGGCCCGUAUUCCGUGUCAAGAUGGUGCCGUCACUGGAACAAGCAAAAACGGGCACACACCACUUCAAGAAGCAGCAAUGAAUGGGCUUACGGAUGUUGCAGAGACUUUACUGGAAAAGGGUGCUGAUAUCGAGGCAAGAGGCAGCUUCAUCGAUUUUACCCCUCUGCACUUUUCGGUAAGCAAGAACCAUUAUGGUGUUACGAGGCUAUUGCUUGAUAGGGGAGCGAAUGUCGAAGCAACCAAUGAAUUUGGAUAUACACCACUUAUCUUGGCUGCCCACAGUGGUUCUGGUGAUGUGUUGGAGCUUUUACUAAAGCAUGGUGCCAAUAUCGAACAAGCGGACGAAGGCCACUACACCCCGCUUAUUUGGGCCGCAGAAGCUGGGUCGGAAUCCGUCAUCAAGCUUCUGAUCCAUCAUGGAGCCAACUUCAAUACAAACGAGUAUUCAGGCUAUGAAGCACUUCGUGUAGCCCAGAUCAAAGGCCACGAUAAGGUGGAAAGGCUGUUGCUUGAAGCUAACGCCCGCGUCGACGGAACUAAUCGAGUAUCGGAUCCGUCACUGCAUAGAGCUGCACAACUUGGUCUCCAUAAUCUAACAGCACAAUUGCUGGAGCAAAAUGGUGUGGAUAUUGAGGAGAGAGACGAUCUCGGACGGACACCGCUGAUUCUGGCUGCUGGGGAGGGACAUGUGACCACGGUCACGGUACUGAUUGAGAAUGGGGCCAACAUCGAAGCAAUUGAUAACGCGAAUUAUACUCCUCUAAUGGCAGCUGCUGAGCGGAAUCAAGCGCGAGUUUGCUUUCUAUUGAUUCUACAAGAUGCGGAUGUCACGGCGAGCGAUGUCGAGGGCAAUACGUCGAUAGCCCUAGCUUCACAAAAGGGGCACGUAGAUACGGUGGCAGUUUUACGGAUUCCAAACACUACAGUUGAUACGUUUAACAAAAGGGGCGAAACACCACUGAUGGGUGCUGCGAAUGGCGGCCAUGCAGACGUGGUUAAAGAGCUAAUUGACGCUGGUGCCGACUCCAACGCAAGUGCCGACAAUGGUGACACACCGCUUAGCAUGGCUGCGCGCCGGGGUCACACAGAAACUGUCAAGGCCCUGCUCGAGCGUGGUGCUUGCUUCGACCGCGCCUCUCGUUAUGCACCCGCAGCUCUUAUUGAGGCGGCAAAAGCAGGCCAUGAAGCCGUUGUGGAAAUCUUGCUUGAAGAGGGUGCCGCCAUCGAGGCUAUGGAUUAUGAAGGCGACACGGCACUGGUGCAUUCUGUAAGAGGUAACCGCAAAGCUGUGGUGACGCUUCUGCUGCAGAUAGGAGCCAAUAUUGAGUCAGAGGAUAAGGAUGGCGCAAACUGCUUGAUGAUAGCUGCGAGGAAUCGCAACAAGGCUAUUAUGGAUCUCCUCAUACAUCAUGGGGCCAGGAAAAGCUGGUCAUACUAUCGCGCUCGUUUUGGUUAG